AUGUUUAUAUUUAUAUUAUUUAUUUGUGUUAAUACGGUCUACGGUUAUUUUACUGUACCGGGAAAGUGUCCAGAUAAUGUCGAAUUACAAGAUGAUUUUCGACUGGCGGACUUUUACGGAAAAUGGUAUCAAGCCUACCACUACUCAAGCGAUGGCCAAAUCCAGAAUAAUUGUUCAACCAUCGAACUGAUGACCAGACCCUCAGGAAUCUAUCUAAACCAGUCGAGAGUAGACCGGGGAUUGUUCCAUCGGUACAGUAUAGGGAAAGUUGAUAUACCAUCAAAAGUUGGGGAUGCAAACCUGGAACUGAUAUUCGCUUACAAAAACGCACCCAGGCGAUUGAAAACGAGGCGGUAUCCUUUCCGUAUCCUGGCAACAAACUACAAUUAUUUCGCUACUAUUUACACCUGCGAAUACAGUAAUCUUAUUGAUAAGCACUUCGUUCAUGUGUGGAUUUUGUCCAGGAACCAAAUAUUGAAUGACGUUUCAAGGGAGCUGGCAAUAAAACCAUUGAAUAAAAUAGGCGUAGACCCAAUGAAAUUAGUCAAAGAUGAUCGAAGCAAGUGCAAUCCUAAGUACUAUGAAGACGUGCCCGUAGAGCCGAUGACAUUCAGAUGUCCAGUACCGAUAUAA